UACUGCAGUUAUAAAUUGCAGCAUUUGGAAAUUGCAACAUUUAUGUCUCAAACGGACAACAGUUAUGAACAAAGAGAUAUUCGUUAGUUACUGGGUCUUGUUUAUCAUUAGUUCGGCAUACUUUGGUUACGCCGCGGGUAAUGUUUUGAUGAGACGAGAUGAUAUCGACAUCUAUGAAGAAAAACCGGAUGACUUUGAAAUCUUGAAUGCUACAUACGAGUACAUAAACGCUACACACAUUGAGGACGGCUGUCCUGACUUGUCUGCCUGUUUUACUGAACCAUCGAAUGCAUCUGACCAGGAAGGAAAUAUGUACCUUGGAGAAAAUUUCUUCACCGAUUAUUGCAAGUAUGUCCAGGAACUUGUCGAUUGUGUGGACGAGUUGGAUAUUUUAAAUGCCCCAGGAUGUGGUGACCGAACAGUAUUCCUGUCAAUGUACAAGACAGAAGAAACAAGUCUUUGCAUCAAUCCUAUAUACCCACUCCUAAAGAACUUGCGGCAGUGUAUGAACAGCCUGAACAAGAAGCUUGAUAACUAUACUGAGACAGUGCUUACCUUAAUGGGACUCCCUAGACAGGAUCUCACAGCAAAUAAUAAAAAUGUGUCCAAAGAGUCUUUUUGUGGAACAUACAGUGAAAUUUUGGAUGAAACAAUCGAUGCAUUUAAAAGAUGUCCUACAAACAAUAUUCAAUGGUCAGAAGAGAAUAUCAGUAUCAUUCGAAAGAACUACUACCCAGUGAUCCUAGGGAGGAAAAUGCCAUUCCAGUGCAGUGAUCCAAAACGAAAGUUGACAGGAGAUCGGAUAAUAUCAACAUCAUUCGAAAAAAUUAGAAUCCAGUUAUAUUUUGAAGGACAGCACAUUUCAACUGCAAUGAUCCAGGUUUUUGACAAAGCAUAAGAAAUCUGUAACAUUUUUUUUAAUAAUUAUAACUUUUAACUAACAAAAUUUAUAUUAAAUACUACAUUAUUUUAGCUCUGUUCAUUGAUUUUCAUUCGAAACAGACAUGCAUGUUACAAAAAUGUUAUCAAAUGUACAGAUGAAUUUUUCCAAUUACUGCAAAUCUCUGAGUUACAUAACUUAUCACUGA